UCUUACUCUAAUAACAAGAUUAGAAUUUGUUAAUAGUCUUAAUACUAUAGUUGAUUCCUCACCAAAUUGUAUGGGUUGUCAUCUCGCAUUGAAUUAAGUUACCCAAUUGUGCAAGAAAAAAAAGCAGGUGGUAAAGAGCAAUCCUCAAAGUCAAGCAAAGAUCCAAAUCAUUCUUCUCUCCAAUCACUAUCUUUCCUUUUUCUGACGGACCAAUCACCUUCAAUUUUUCAUUUUUAAUAAUUCCAGAAUAAAAUCAUAUCUUCACUCUUUCCAAAAAAUAAUUGGAUUUUUUGGAUUGGUGGGGUUAUGGGUGUUAUUCUCUUGAAAUUCUAAAUUCUGGGUGUUUAAAUUUCAGAGUUUUUAAGAUUAGAUACAUAAUUGGGUAAAUUCUGGGUGUUUUCAUUUCAGAAUUUUUGGGAUUAAAUAGAAAAUUGGGUAUUCGGGAAUUUGGGGAAGAUGGGUAAAGUGGUGGUUGUGGCGGCGGUGUUGGGAGUUGCGGCGGUUUGUGCGGCGGUAGGGGGGUUGAUUUUGAGCCGUCGGAUGAAAAAGGGGGCGAAUUGGAGACGUACGAUUGAAAUUUUGAGGGAAUUUGAGGAGAAAUGUGGGACCCCAGUUGAGAAAUUGAAGCAAGUGACUGAUGCUUUGGUUAAGGAAAUGAAUGCUGGACUUGCUUCUGAUAGUGCUGGUCGUGUGAAGAUGCUUGUCAGUUAUGUUGAUAAUCUUCCUACUGGGGAUGAGGAGGGUCUAUUUUAUGCAUUGGACCUUGGUGGAACUAACUUCCGUGUUCUUCGGGUUCAGUUGGGUGGCAAGGGUGGUGGUAUUAAGCACCAGGAAUUCGCAGAAGUUCCAAUCCCAAUGGAAUUGAUGAUUGGAACGUCAGAUGAUCUUUUUGGUUACAUUGCAAGUGAACUUGCAAAGUUUGUUGCCCAAGAAGGUCAAGAGUUUAGCCUUCCUUCUGGCAGGGAAAGGGAGCUCGGGUUUACCUUUUCAUUCCCUGUUAUGCAAACAUCCAUUGACUCUGGAACUUUAAUCACAUGGGCAAAAGGCUUCUCUAUAGAUGAUACGGUUGGUAAGGAUGUAGCUGAUGAGUUGGCAAAAUCAUUGAAGAAACAUGGUGUUGAUAUGCAUGUCACAGCUUUGGUUAAUGAUACAGUUGGUACACUAGCUGGAGGUAGAUUCUCAAACAAAGAUGUCGUUGCUGCAGUGAUAUUGGGCACAGGAACAAAUGCAGCAUAUGUGGAACGUGCAGAAGCGAUACCUAAAUGGCAUGGUCCACUACCAAAAUCAGGAGAGAUGGUUAUCAACACGGAAUGGGGUAAUUUUAAAACAUCAUAUCUUCCAUUGACAGAAUUUGAUAAGGCCUUGGAUUGUGACAGUCCCAACAGUGGUGAGCAGAUUUAUGAAAAGAUGAUAUCUGGAAUGUAUUUGGGUGACAUUGUACGUAGAGUUCUGUGCCGAAUGGCUGAAGAAGCUUCUUUCUUUGGUGAUACCAUCCCUCCAAAAUUGCAGAUUCCAUUCAUCUUAAGGACACCUGACAUGUCAGCUAUGCAUCAUGAUUCAUCACCUGAUCUCAGCAUCGUAGGAUCUAAAAUGGAGGAAAUUUUAGAGAUACCAACCAUUUCCCUCAAGAAAAGAAAAGUCAUACACGAGCUCUGCAGAAUUGUGGCAACACGUGGGGCUCGUCUUGCUGCAGCAGGCAUUUUGGGGAUUUUGAAGAUGUUGGGAAGAGACACACUGCCAAGCAACAAGGAGAAGCAAAGGACUGUUGUAGCCAUGGAUGGUGGAUUAUACGAGCAUUACACUGAAUUCCGGGAAUGCUUAGAGGAAACGUUGAAAGAGCUUGUUGGGGAACAAGUCUGGGAAAACAUCUCCAUCGAGCAUGCUAAUGAUGGUUCUGGAAUCGGAGCUUCCCUACUAGCUGCUUCUCAUUCGCGCUACAUUGAGGCCAUGGAAAUUCAAGAAGAUGUUGUAGUUGUUCCUAGGAGGCUGUCAGAGGAAGAACAGGAUAGCUCAACACAUCAGUAAAUUCUGUAUUCUUCUUGGUAGUAUUCUGUCACGUGUAUCAGUCCUCUCAGUGUGUAUUGAGCUCCUGGAUAAGUUCAUAACCUGGGAAGUGGGAGCACAUUUGGGUAAAAGUUAAUGCAUAAUUUUUUUAAAUAGACAUAAUAAUAAAAUGGGAGUUUCCUAAUGUUGUAGGAAGUUCUAUUAUUAUCUUAUCUAAUCAUGCAAUUAAUUUUAUUCCAUGAAAUAAAAAGCCCUUGAGGCACUACGGUCUUUCCUGAUUUUCAGGAACUACCUAAAAUUCACCUAAAAA